AUGCAGAGGACUCGAAUAACAAAGCCGAUUCAUCCAAUUGAUCAAUCUCGUGAUGUUAUUGAGCAAUCAUCACAAAAUCAACGAGGACAACAAGAACGAAGAAAACCGUUCGCAGUGAAGCAGGUCGAUGUAAAUUCAAAUAAAAGUUAUGCUUAUAUUUCUGAUCUUAUCAAUGUUCAAAGUUUACUCAAUAUUCGAGCAACGCAAUCUCGACAACGCAAACUUCACAAUACACCAUCAUUUGAAGAGCGUAUCAUAAUAAAUGUGUGUGGUGACCGUUAUGAAACUCAUCGUGAAACGCUUGAGCUUUAUCCUGAUAGUUUACUUGGAAAUCGAAAACGAUGCAAACAUUAUUAUGAUAAAACGCGUAAAGAGUAUUUUUUUGAUCGUAAUCGUUCUUGUUUUGAAGCCAUACUUUACUACUACCAAUCGCAUGGUCGACUAAGACGGCCGACUUAUGUUCCGAUUGAUGUUUUUCUUGAAGAAGUUACCUUUUUUCAAUUAGGGGAAGAAGCUCUGAAUCAAAUACGAAAAGCUGAAAACAUAAAAGAGGUGAAAAAAGUGCGUCUACCCAAAAAUAAUUGCCGAACACAUUUAUGGGCAACCAUGGAAUAUCCUGAUUAUUCAAUUAUGGCUGAAAUUGUCAGUGGUCUAUCUUUACUUAUGAUUUUGAUAUCAACUAUUACUCUUGCUGUUGAAUCAUUACCACAAUACGCAGAUUUAGACACAAUCACAUGUGACAAUAUUACAAUGGGCCAUUCAAAUAAUAGCAAUGAAACACUUGCAAAUGAUUAUAAAUACCUGUGCUCUAAUUAUUUUGCGACACCAUUUUUUAUUAUUCAAACGAUAUGCGUUGGAUUUUUUACAUUAGAACUUAUUCUUCGCAUAGUCAGCGCACUAUCAUUUGCUAUUUUUGUUAAAAAUAUAAUGAAUUGGAUUGAUAUUGCGGCUGUCAUACCAUAUUAUAUUACACUUGGCAUUUAUUUAACUGAUUUACAAAGUCAAAUCGACACAACAACAUAUCUCGGCCUCCGCCUUCUACGUAUUCUUCGGUUUGCACGUGUUCUUAAAUUUUAUCGUAUAUUUAAACGUGUUAAAUCAUUGCGUGCUCUUGGAUCAACAAUUCGCGAAACAUUACCGGACUUUUUUAUUAUGAUUAAUAUUUUAACAUUAUUAAGUUUUAUUUUUGGUGCCGCUGCUUAUUUUGCUGAAAGUAGUGCAAAUUCUUCAGCAUUUGAUUCUAUACUCAAAGCAACUUACUGGGGUAUAAUUACAAUUGCAAGUGUGGGAUACGGUGAUAUAGUACCUGUUACACCAGCUGGUCGAAUCAUAGCAUGUUUAUGUAGUUUAUGUGGUGCUACAACAAUCGGUAUGCUUGUAUCAAUUCUUGUCGAUCGGUAUCAACGUGUUUUUGCUCGAAAAUUAUACAAAAAUGAUGAAGCCAUUGAUUUUUACGACUAUUCUGACGAUGAAAACAACGAAACAGAAUCUGGACGCGGUUCAAUGCUAUUCCAUCGGCAUAGUCACGCAAAAGAGAUUGAAGAUCGUGAUAAAAAGAAUAAAUUUAAUUUACCUUUGAAUAAAGAUGCAAUGAAUAGAAGACUCACAACGGACAUUUCAGAAACGCUGGAUACCGAAGAUAUCAAUGAAAAUUCAAUGAGUCGACGCAAUAGUGCGGUUCAUUUUAUUAUUGACUAUGUUGAUAGUGAACAACAUGACAAAUCCCGUGAUUUAAUAGACACAAUAAGUACUGCUGUUGCGAAAAAGAAAACUGCUGGUGAAAAUAUUGAAUUAAGUAUUCUCUCUGAUGAAAGACAGCAAUUAAAUCCAUACGACGUUAAAUGUCAUAUUUCCUUAUCUUCCGAAGAAGAAACAGACGAUGAUGACGAUGAAGAACUCACAGAAAUUGAUAGGAGACAUGGAAAUAAAGGCGUACUUAAAAAAUUCUAG